UGUUGAUGUGUCGUGAUUGUCCAAUAUAAAAUAUCAAUAUUUUGGAAAUUUAUGAAAGAAAAGCUGUAAUUUCUCACUUAAAAAGCAUAUUUACAUACUACAAAAUAUAUUUCAUCUUUCAAUGGUACCGUCAUGGACGAUAGGAAUAUGGAAUCUGGCUGUUCUCAUUACAACGAUGCCGAUAGCGAACACUCGCGGUGCAUUAUUCACAUCGAUGUAGAUUGUUUCUAUGCUCAAGUGGAGAUGGUGCGGAAUCCGGAGUUGCGGUCGGUUCCGCUCGGCAUACAACAGAAGAACAUCGUCGUAACUAGCAACUACGAAGCCAGGAAGUACGGUAUUCAAAAAUGUAUGCUAGUUACGGACGCGCUAAAAGUUUGUCCCAACUUAAAACUUGUCAAUGGUGAGGAUUUGCACAAUUACAGAACAGCCUCCAAUAAGAUUUUUGCCGUUUUACAAUGUUGGAAAUGUCCAGUGGAGAAACUGGGUAUGGAUGAAAAUUAUAUUGAUGUCACAAACUUAGUACAAGAAAAGAUGAAAUCUUUAAAUGUUAGUAAUGUCACUCUUGCUGGACAUGCCUAUAGUGAACCUAGUAUUGACUGUCCAUGCGGCUGUCACACUAGGCUGAGGGUAACAUCACAAAUUGCCAGUGAGAUGAGAAAGAAAAUAUUUGAAGACUUAAGUUUCACAACUUGUGCUGGUAUUGCACACAACAAGUUGUUAGCUAAACUAAUUUGUCCCCAAAAUAAGCCUAAUGACCAAACUACUAUAUUCCCAGAACAUGGGACCAGCUUCAUGUCCACGCUAGACAGUGUCCGUUCCAUUCCAAGCAUUGGUUCAAAAACUACAGAAGCAUUAAUAUCUCAGAAUAUUGUAACUGUGAGUGACUUACAAGAAGCAUCCCUAGAUGUGUUGAAAAAGCACUUCAGCAGUGACAUGGCUGUAAGAUUGAAAGGAUUAAGUGUAGGUGAAGAUAAUACUCCGGUGAAGCAGACUGGUAAGCCACAGAGUAUAGGCCUAGAGGAUAGCUUCAAGAUAGUCAGUGUGAGGAGUGAAGUGGAAGACAAGUUCACUGCUCUGCUGCAAAGGCUGCUGGUCCUGGUGAGGGAAGAUGGACGCAUUCCAGUUUCUUUAAGAGUAACUCUUAGAAAGAAAGAUGCCAAGAGACUGAGCAGUCACAGAGAGUCAAGACAAAGUCAAAUCUCUCCAUCCAUCUUCGCACUCAGCAACGGAGCCCUCACAGUGACAGACGCAGGCCAGCAGAAACUGAUGAACAUAAUUAUGAGAUUAUUCAACAAACUAAUAGAUUUGUCGAAACCAUUCCAUUUAACUUUAGUGGGAUUGGCAUUCACUAAGUUCCAGGAGCGCAUGACAGGGAGAGGUUCCAUAGUGAACUACUUAAUGAAUGAUAUAUCCGUCCAAUCUGUGCUUAAUUUACAAAACGAAUGUGAUACCUCUGCUUCAUCCAUGGACUACUCUGCUGUGUCGCCGAGCAGUAGCACUACGACUGAUCUCUCCGACGCCGAAGUCGAGCCGUCACCAAAAAAACCCAAAAAAGUUAAUUGGAUAGCUAAAAGACGAUGUUUGUCCAAAGAAGAAGUUGCAUCUCCAAGUAAACUAAAAGUUGGUGAACUCAGACUGAACUCUAAAGAGCUUGAGAAGGUAUCGGAGCUAAGACUGAAUUCCCGCGACCGAUCGCUGACGCCGCGCGCCAGUCCCGCGAAGGACAACUUGUCGGACACGUCGGACUCGAUGCGGGACUGCGAGGAGCGCAGCUGCGACGACUGCCCCAGUUACGUCGACAAGGAAGUGUUCAGCGCACUCCCCAACAACAUGCAGAAGGAACUGAAGGCCAUGUGGAAGAACCCCUCUACCUCGGAGGUGCAGAGGAGUAGUCCAAGAACCACGAACAAAGCAAAACCGAACACAAUUAUGAAAUAUUUUGUUCCACACAAAUAGUAUUAGUAAGAUUUUAUCUUGUUAAUUAUUUUAAGUGAUAAGUGAAUGGUUUCUAUUUUUUCAAAUCAUACAAUUUUUAUUCAGCUGAUCAAAUACAUGUUUAUGUUAAAAAAUAAA